UACCCCCGCACCGGGCGGUUGGCUUUGUCCCUGCAUUCAUGAGAUGAGAUGAGAUCCCUGGUUGUUUGGAAACCGUCCUCAUGAAGACAGACUCCGGACUCUAUACGGAGACAGACAGGGACUAAUACUAAUCUCUUCUACUUAUACAGUUGCCAGAAACCGACGCACUGCAGCGAAUCUGUCUUUCCUGCUGAUAUUAAGGACAGUAGCCGUGAGCCUGACAGACCAAACUCGGGCCUCACGCUCCCACCGGCCGCCCUCGUCACCGCUGACGUCACCCUGCCACCAGUGACUACUGGUUUCAAGAUGGCGCUGCGGCCAGGAUCUGGAGGCGGCGGCAGUUUUAUGUAUCCUGUUGGAGGGGGCUUGGGACCGCCACAAGGCUUGGUACCCAUGCAGCAGCAACAGCAGCAACAACAGCAGGGCUUCCCUAUCGUUCCGGUCAUGCAGCCUAACAUGCAGGGCAUGAUGGGAAUGAACUUUGGGGGGCAGAUGACCCCAGGAGCCAUGCCUAUGCAGCAGGGCGGGAUGGCGAUUGGGAUGCAGAACCCCGGGAUGCAGUUUUUGGGUCAGCCACAGUUUAUGGGUAUGAGACCUGCUGGACCCCAGUACACUGCUGACAUGCAGAAACAAAUGGCUGAGGAGCACCAAAAGCGUCUAGAGCAGCAGCAGAAGAUGCUGGAGGAAGACAGGAAAAGAAGGCAAUUUGAGGAGCAGAAACAGAAGCUGAGGCUGCUCAGCAGUGUCAAACCCAAGACAGGGGAGAAGAGCCGUGACGAUGCCUUGGAGGCUAUCAAAGGGAACCUGGACGGCUUCAGCAGAGAUGCGAAGAUGCACCCCACUCCAUCAUCACAGUCAAAGAAGCCAGACUCAUCGCCAUCACACCCGUCUGUCACCACUCACUCCCUCCCCCCAGCUUUGUCUGAGGACAAUGACGACUUUAGUGACUUUCAGGGGCCUCUAGAGGCCCCAGCCUCCUUCCCUCUGCCCUCCUCCUCCGCUCCCUCUGCCUUUGGCCUCUCCUCUCAGGCCCACGUCCAGCCUGUUUCCCCUGUCCCCAAGAAAGGUUUCUCUGAGGAUGAUGAUGAGUUUAGCGACUUUGUUCAGGGUCCUGUAAACACUCUCCCUUCCUCCAACUUCCACCUCUCCUCUCAAGACCAAAUCCAACCUCCGUUCCCUUCCUCACAAUCCCUCCCUCAGUCCCUCCCUGCCUCUGUGUCCAUUCCCACUGCCUCCCAACACUCUGUUGUCGACACCAGCUCCCAAUCUACAUUUCAAGGCCCAUCCCUGGAAGAGAAGCUAUAUUCCUCAUACGAUCUUACUGCUGAUAAGACGGCCCAGGUUAGCUUUAAAUCCAGGCGGAGUUUGGCUGAAAUGGGUCCUAGAGCUAAAGUUUCAGCCCAGUUUCAAUCUAGCACUAAAGCGAGGAACUGGGCUGCGGCCCAAGAGGACUUGGGUUCUGUCUUCGCCACUACAGAGCUACAUGAGGCACCAGUGUCGGCACCCAGCGUUCCCCCAUCAGCUGCUGAUUCGUCCUCCAAAACCAGUAGUGAAAGUGGUGUUGGUGUGUACCCACAACAAGAGCACAUCCAGCCCAUGCUGCCAGCCUGGGCGUACAAUGACAGCCUCGUCCCAGAAAUGUUCAAGAAGGUUCUUGAAUUCACCAUGACCCCAGCAGGGAUAGACACAGCCAAGCUCUACCCAAUAUUAAUGUCAUCAGGUCUCCCCAGGGAAGCACUGGGACAAAUCUGGGCGUCCGCCAACCGCACAACACCUGGCAUGCUGACCAAGGAGGAGCUCUAUACUGUUCUUGCACUAAUUGGUGUGGCGCAGAGCGGCCUCCCAGCGAUGAAUGUGGAAAUCCUCAGUCAGUUCCCUUCUCCACCAGUGCCCAACCUGCCGGCCCUGGCUAUGGCCAUGGCCCCUGUCAUGCCCCAGCACCAGCAGCCCAUGAUAACCCAGCCCCCAGUCUCCAUGGCUAUGCCCUCACCAACACCAGCAGUAAUGGCCAUGACACCUGCAGCACCAGCUCAACCGCCCACAAACACUAACUUCAUCGCCAACUUUCCUCCUGCACAGCUGUUGUUGAUGCAGGCGACCAAAGUAGAUGACGACGACUUCCAGGACUUCCAGGAGGCUCCAAAGGCAGGAGCAAAAGAUCCGCCCUUUACUGAGUUCCAGGGGGAGUCAGGAGGAAGUUUCCCCACCACCACAGCACAGCAACACCAAAACAGUGCGCCUGCCAUGCUGACUCCAGUGUCUGGUUCCUCCUCCGCCCCCGUGACAUCCUCUGAUAAGUACGCUGUCUUCAAGCAGCUGUCUGUGGAUCCACCUGCAGAGCCCACAACCCACGUCUCAGAUGUUGGAGACAAAUACAGUGUUUUCAGACAGCUCGAGCAACCUGCUGACAAGAAAUCAGUCGGGGAAGGAUUUGCAGAUUUCAAGUCUGUCAGCGCUGAUGAUGGCUUCACAGACUUUAAAACCGCCGACAGCAUCUCUCCACUAGACCCCUCAGAACAGGCCAAAAUCUUCCAGCCUGCCUUCCCCUCUCCUUUCCCAAACUCUCAGUCUCUACAGCAACUACCACCACAGCAGCAGCAGCAGCCAGCAGUGACUCUUUCUCAGUCCAAAAAACCCCUCAACAUAGCUGACCUGGACCUUUUCUCUUCUAUAGCUCCCUCUGCUCCUGCCCCCACAGAGACACAGCCUAGCACCUUCCCCUCUAUGUCUGUGCCCCCCUCUUUAGUGCUUCUACCAGGUGGAUCUAAAGCUCCAGGGGGAGGCACAAAUGAUUUUGGUGACUUUGCCCUCUUUGGCUCCUCCUCUGAUGCCACUCAAACUUCAGCAGCAGGCGGAGCUGUUGCAGCGCCUCAGGACGACUUUGCAGACUUCAUGGCGUUCGGCAGUUCUGGUGGGGAGCCUAAAGGUGACAGCAGCGUCGGGGUGCAAGGAGAGACCACCACGCAGCAGAGGCCUCAGCAGAACUCAGACAAGUACGACGUAUUCAAACAGCUGUCUCUGGAGGGAGGCCUCGCCUACGAUGACACCAAGGAGAGCGGCGGCGGCUCCUUCUCGUCCCUCAAGAGCGACACAGAGGACUUUGCCGACUUUCAGUCCUCAAAGUUCUGCACGGCACUCGGGGCGUCCGAGAAGACUCUGGUGGACAAGGUGAGCGCUUUCAAACAGGGCAAAGAGGACUCCGCCUCUGUCAAGUCACUCGACCUCCCGUCCAUUGGAGGGAGCAGUGUGGGGAAAGACGACUCCGAGGACGCGCUGUCAGUGCAGCUGGACAUGAAGCUGUCGGAUAUGGGCGGAGACCUGAAGCACGUGAUGUCGGACAGCUCCCUGGAUUUGCCAGGUCUCUCGGCCCACCAGCCCCCCGCUACAGAAGGAGACGACCUGAAAUUUGACCCCUUUGGGACAUCGGACCUCAGCACCCUUGCCAGCUAUGACUGGUCAGAGCGGGAGGAAUGUCUGCCCAGUGAGCUCAGAAAGUCGCAGGGCAUAGAGGGAGCUUCCCUUCCAUCUUUAGUCCCAGCACAGAGGAAGGAGCUGACAGUUGGCAGUGCUGAAAACAUCUCAAGCGGCUCCGUGGCAAAGAUCACCACCUCCUUCCCCACGGAGGAUGGCUCAUCGAUGGAUGACAAGUUUGAACCCUUCGCAGACUUUGGCUCCGGCGACCACGGCGGUGUUGUGGACGACGAGGACGACUUUGGGGACUUUGCGAGCACCGUUUCUGAAAAGUCGGACUCGCCCACUGCCACGGCCGAGAUGGGCUCUGACGGAAACCAAAGUGAAGCCCCUGAUGAGUUUGGCACCUUCCAGGGGGACAAGCCCAAGUUUGGCAAGUCUGACUUCCUCAAGGCGAGCACUCAGGCCAAAGUCAAGUCCAGCGAGGAGAUGAUCAAGAACGAGCUGGCGACCUUUGACCUAUCCGUUCAAGGCUCCCACAAACGCAGUCACAGUUUGGGUGAGAAGGAGAUUGGCCGCUCGCCCCCAUCUCCAGCUCCAGAGCAUCUCUUCAGAGACCGAUCCAACACCCUGAGUGAGAGGCCGGCCCUGCCCGUCAUCAGGGACAAGUACAAGGACCUGACUGGGGAGGUGGAGGAGAGCGAGCGAUACGCAUACGAGUGGCAGAGGUGUCUGGAAAGUGCUUUAGAGGUCAUCACCAAAGCUAACAACACCCUCAAUGGCAUCAGCAGCUCCUCUGUCUGCACCGAGGUCAUCCAGUCUGCUCAGGGCAUGGAGUACCUGCUGGGUGUGGUGGAAGUGUUCCGCGUCACCCGGCGUGUGGAGCUGGGCAUCAAGGCCACGGCGGUGAGCUCUGAGAAGCUGCAACAGCUGCUGAAGGACGUCAGCCGUGUGUGGAACAACCUCAUGGGCUUCAUGUCUCUGGCCAAGCUCGCUCCUGAUGAAAGCUCCCUAGAUUUCUCCUCCUGUAUUCUGAGGCACGGCAUCAAAAAUGCCAAGGAGUUGGCGUGUGGUGUGUGUCUGCUCAACGUCGAUGCGCGCAGCAAGGAUAAAGAAGAAAGCGCUAUUGGACGUCUGUUUAAACGAGCAUUCAACUCCGAGACGGACAACUUCAAGCUGCUGUACGGGGGCCACCAGUACCACGCCAGCUGCGCCAAUUUCUGGAUUAACUGUGUGGAGCCCAAACCCCCGGGCCUCAUCCUGCCUGACCUGCUCUGAGCUGCGGCUGCGGCUGCCAUGGCAACCAGACACGGGGCUAAUCAACGUCAGAUAGGUGGAGCAGCGGCGAGGGGCUCUCACCUUGGACAGAAAGCAAAAAGGAGGACGUGUAAAAUCACUGGAUCCCUCUGUAUUUAUUUAUUUCUCAUUCCGAAAUCUCCUUGUCACACUUCAUGAACUCAGCUGUCACUCAGGCUGUGUUCAUGCUCGUCUCUUCUUUUUUUUUCCAGAGCCUCUCUUUAAAUAUUUACCAUCCAUGGUAUUAUUGUUUCUCUUUUGCUCUCACCUGCGGUUCCUCUGAAAGCUGUGGAUUAUCUGUAUACUCUGGAUGCUUAUACUAAUCAUGCUUUGACUGAUGAUUUUCUCUGAAGGAAAUAUUAUUAUUAGGUGUGCAAUAUCAUUAGAAAACACUGGCAGAGGACGUCUGUAAACAUCUAUAUAGUUUUUAAUGUCACUCGCUGCUUCGCUUCUGUUACUUCCUUCAUGACUCCCUUCAUUCCCACUGAACCAGUGCUGUUGGAUCACAAGCCUAUUAUCCUACUUGAAUUACAUUUGUCCGUGUUGAUGAAACUGUGGCUGUGGUUUUAGUAUUGUCCUGAAAAUCUUCAACAUUCACACCACCACUGCUGUGCUGAAGGCAGACGUCGACCUUUUUAUGAAUUGUGUUGAAUUAACUGCUUUGAAUGUCUUUUGCACUGUUGGAAAAUGGUAUUUAAAUUGUAUUUUAUAUAGAUGUGUCGGGUGGGGUUGUGAUUUUGGGGACUUGAAGGGAACCAUGGCAACGGUUGUGUUUUUUCUGUCUAGGUGUUGUGUGCAACCAAACCUGGGAGUCUGGAAGAAGUUGACUGUGAUUCUGAACUCAAAUUGCAGCAGCACUUUUUUGUAUAUUACAGUUUCACGCUGUAGCAACGCAAUUAAUGUGAAUGUGGUGUAAAUAAAUGUGUAUGUAUACAGUUUAAA